AUGUCAUACCCGGGCUCGCCUGUGAGUAACGAACAGUCCAUUGCUGCCGUCCGUCUCGCUGCGACCAACGCCCUCAACAAUGCACUCGAGUUUGCCCACGCCCAGUUUGAGAUUCAGGAGCAGCGCAACGCCAUCGUCACCACGGUUUGUGAUGCCGCCCGCGCAGGCGAUGAUAGUGUCCGCCAGGCGGCUUUUGAAGGCUUAGUUAAAAUCGCAGAGCACUACUACGACAAGCUUCAUGAGCGCAUUGUCGACAUUUAUGCCCUCACAGAAAACGCUAUUCGCAACGAUAUCGAACCUGUGGCUAUGCAAGCGAUUGAGUUUUGGAGUACCGUCGCAGAGGAAGAAAUUACCCUCAUCUACGAGGCCGACGCCGCACGAGAAGCAGGCACUGUUCCGGAUCGAAGAAGCAAGCAGUUUGUCAUUAAGGCGUUGCCAUAUAUGUAUCAACCCAUCUUUGAUUCUCUCAAAAAACAAGAGGAUGAUCCCCUUGAGGAUUCGUCUUGGAAUGUCGCUACAGCGGCCGGAGCAUGUCUCGAGCUCUUGGCUCAAGCAGCUCCGGAUUCUAUCUUGGAACUUGUCCGCCCUUUUAUUCAGAGAAACAUUCCGGAUAAGGCCAAUUGGAGGUCACGCGAAGCUGCCAUUCUUGCAUUUGGAAGCGUGCUUGAAGGACCACCCAUAGAACAUGUCAAAGCCCUUGUCCGUGAGGCCGUCGGUAUUCUCGUGGAGACUCUCCAACAGGAUCCCAGCCUUGCUGUCAAGGACACCACGGCAUGGACGCUCGCUCGCGUAGUUUCCGUUGAUCGCGACACCACUCUCGCCCAUCUCCCAGCUCUUGUGAAUUGUUUACGAGGUACUUUAGCCACCGCUGAAAGCCCCGUUCUCGCGGCUCAUAUUUGCUUCGCAAUUCACAAUCUGGCCGUUCGAUUCAGUGAGGAAUGUGAGGAGGAGACUGGGUCUUUGCGGGAACACAUUGAGGCACUUUUGCAAAGCCUAUUACAAGCGGCUGAUCGGGACGACGCCUCUGAGGGCUAUCUGCGUAUCACUGCGUAUGAGGCUAUCAACGCUCUUUUCCGAAGCGUCUCAAAGGAUGGCAUUCCAUUUGUCCUUAGGUGCGUUCCACAUCUUUUAGAAAAGCUGGUAGCCACGCUUGGUGGUCUACCUCGAGCGCUUAACGAGGACGAGGUUUCAGACAUGCUCGAGCUACAAGGUCUAUUGUGUGGGACCCUAGCAGUGGCUUCGCAUCGCCUGAACUCUACGCAGAUAUCUCCCUAUGCAGACAGCAUGAUGCAAGCAUACCUUCAAGCAUUUCGAAUGAACGGUUCGGCGGCUGCCAUUGAAGAAGCGUUGCUCGCGGUAGGGGCACUCGCUGAAGCUGCAGGCAAAGAGUUCAACAGGUACAUGCCACAUUUCAUGCCCACUCUCCAGCAUGCGCUUAGUAACAUUGCGCAUCACCAAAUCUGUGCCAUUGCCGUCUCAGUGGUGGCCGAGUUAUGUCGCGCUCUUGGGAAGGAACUAUUUGCCUAUUCGGACAAUAUCGUGUUCUUGCUGCUUGAAGCGUUAAAAAGCAAGUCCUUGGUGCGCUCGGUGAAACCUCCAAUUUUGUCAUGUUUCGGAGAUAUCGCGAUGGCAGUAAAGGGCAACUUUGAAAAUUACUUGGAUCAAGUGAUGAAUUGUAUGAAGCAAGCAGCUGAGUCAAGCGUUCAAGUGAAUGUGCUGCCUGACGACUUCGACACACAGGAAUGGCUUCUGCUGCUGCGGGAAUCAAUUUUCGAAGCAUAUAUUGGAAUUAUAAACGGGUUGCGGGAUGAAGGGAAGCAAGAGCUCCUGACCCCACAUCGGGAGUGGAUUGUUGGGUUUUCGGAGUGGAUCGUGCAGGGUGCCGCUCAAGGAGGCGCAUUUCCCGACGAGAUGAUAAAACCAAUAGCUGGAGUCAUGGGUGACCUAGUGGAUGCAGUACCAAGUACAAAAGAGCACGUGGCACGCAACGCAUGGCUGGCCAAUCUUGUAGAUCGAGGCUCUCAAUCGACAGAUGAACGAACGAAAGAAACUGCAAAGUGGGCGUGGGCUACUAUUUUCCAGUAGUGUUCGUCGUGGAGUAGUGAACGCGCUCAAUUUGGAAAUGUGGGGGGCAGAGGGGGAAGAAAGCGAAGUGAUGCUGAACUUAAUCGGUGUAGUAGCGAGGCAGUCGUCCCGCAUUGACAGGAAAACGAAAAACACAAAAUUUGAAAAGUGAAUGAACAACACGCCGCAAGACGAAAGUCUGAGACCCUAUCGAUGUGGUAUGCUAUCGCUCCGCGUAAAUCUUCUGCGGCGUUAAGGAAAGUUAAUCCUCGAAGUGGAGCAAGCAACGCGUGAGCAGCCAUCGCCUGUACGGCUUCAGUGUAACAGCUGGCAAGAACACCAUCGACGACGAUGUCUCCACGAGCUGUUUGUGGGUUGUAAAGGCCGACUCCGAUACUUGCAUGGAUACUUUCAAUGGUCUCGUUUCUACUUGUCCACAAGUCAUUCUGCAGUACCAUUGUAGUGAUCAGAUCACCUUGGCAAGCUUCUUUGGCGCGUAGCAAUAUACCAUUCACUGGUAAAAUGUGGCCUGGGGUAAGAGUAACAGAUAGUCCCGCUGCAGUUGUCAACGUAAUAAACCGUGCUCGAGCAAAUGGGUCCGAAUGUGUGAAGGCUAUGACGGAUGAAUAUUCGCCACUACCGGCAAGCACUCGGUCUCCUAUAACGAGCUCCGAGAUUUUUACGG